ACGAUUAAUAUCUUAAAAUUUGAUUAAACGACAAAGUGUUAAUAAUAAGUUUAGUGACAACUCUUCUUAAGUACUGUUUUAAAAUAUUUGCUGUUGUGGAAUCAAUAAACGCGGAGCAAAUGUCCAAAAUGUUGCGAAUAGAAUUGGUGGGUCUUCUAUUGUUGACCUGCACGCAAAUUCUUACGGAGCAUCGUGACUACUAUGAAACGCGGAAUCAGCAGUAUCAUCAACGAUUUUAUGAUCUUCAAGAAAGAAUAACGAGGGAAAUUCGCGUUAAGGAAGGCCGACUACGUGGCAUGGUAGUUCAACCAAGAACUAAUCACAAUCUGCAGCUGGUUGAUAUCUUUCUUGGAGUUCCUUAUGCGGAGCCCCCAGUGGGAUCCUUCAGAUUUUCACCGCCUCGUUCACCGCAACCGUGGAGAGGGGUGCGGCAGUCGCAGGAAUUCGCUCCAGUUUGCCCGCAAGUCUUGCCAAAUCUUCGAGAGGAAGUAGAAUCAGGCAGGUACGAGUACCUGAAGAGGCAUUUACCGUACCUGAAGAACCAGAGUGAGGAUUGUCUGUAUCUCAACAUCUACGCUCCUCAUCAGGCCGAAGGUCAGAAAAUUCUGAAGAAGUAUCCAGUUAUGGUAUUCAUCCAUGGUGAAAGCUUCGAAUGGAAUAGCGGUAAUCCUUAUGAUGGCACUAUAUUGGCGGCUUAUGGCGAUGUUGUUUUUGUUACAAUUAAUUUUCGACUCGGCAUCCUGGGUUUUUUGAGACCUGGUAUUAAAGACGAUACAGCAAGUAAUUUCGGACUAUUAGAUCAAAUAGCGGCAUUACUUUGGCUAAGGGAAAAUAUUGGGGAAUUUGGAGGCGAUCCUAAUAGAGUCACAUUAGUCGGUCACGGAACUGGAGCCAUCUUUGCAAAUUUGCUUCUGAUUAGUCCAGUUGCUAACAAAAAAGGUUUGUUCAAACGAGCUAUUCUGAUGUCCGGUUCGGCAAUGAGCGCGGACGCUAUCGGCAAGGCGCCAUUGCAAAUUACUAUGCAGGUGGCGCACGCUCUCAACUGUCCCACCACCAACGACAGCGAAUUGGCGCUCUGCUUGCGCAACCAGGACGUAGACAGGCUGCUACACGUGAAAAUCCACAAGCCGAAAUACGUGCCGGCCUACGCACCGUUGAUCGACCGUGCCGUCAUCCCUGACAAGCCGCUCAAUUUAAUGGAGAAUAUCCAGCUCUUCGGCAGGUUCGAUCUGAUGUAUGGUGUAACAGAAUCCGAGAAAUUUCACAUCCUGCCACCAGUUGCUUUGUUAGACGGCAUGCUUGAUAGACAACGAGAUGAAAUCCUGCGAGACCAUGCCGAAGCAACGCAUGAGCUGGAGCCGGAGCUGAUCUUGUCAAAAGUGCUGGAGCAAUAUAGCGACUUCUCGAGCGGAUUCACGAAAGAGUACGCUACGAAGAAUCGGGACAUGGUGCUGGAGGCGCUCUCCGAUAGCGGCAUCGUGGCGCCGUUAAUAAUGACUGCCAAUUUGCAUUCAAGGGCGAACCCGAAGAGCUACAUGUACGUCUUCUCUCAUCCGAAAGCUAUGCAAGACUACUCUGGCCAACAACGUCAACAUACAGUGCACGGGGAAGAGUUACCCUAUGUACUGGGUGUUCCAUUAGACGGCAGCAAGUACAACUUACGGCGUCGAUACGAUAUCAGAGAGACGUUGUUUUCGGAAGCCAUUAUGAAUUGGUGGUGCAGCUUUGCCCGUCUCGGGAAUCCCAACGUUGCAAAGCGAUAUCCCUACCUGACUAGCAUGUUCAAGGAAUGGGGUCAGUAUGACAUCGAGUGGCCAGUUUAUGAUCCUGUCAAUCAAACGUAUUUUAAUCUAACCAUACCGCCUAACAUAGGUACGCACUAUCGUUCGGCGGAGAUGCAGUUCUGGAAUGAAGACCUGCCCAAUCUUCUCAGGCACCCGAAUACAGACAUUUCGGGUCCAACACGAUCGAAAGGACCGCGACCGCAAAUUCUUGAUAUUGCCGAUGGGAUUGGCAAGUAUGCCAAUAAUACCGCCAACCGGAAUUACGAAAGCUACGGUACUAGGUAUUUUUUCAGCGGGUAUACAUCCCCAUCUAGUAUCACGGGUUCUAAUAUGGACAAGACGCCAUUUUCAACGAUGGUUACAACGGGUGGGAGCGUCGGGGAGAGUUCCACGAUAGAGCCGAGCACGUUAAGGACCUCAUCGGCGAUGAUGAUGGUGAUUGUCUUCUUCGUGGUGUUUAUACUGAUAAACUUCACGGCUUUCCUAUAUAUCUAUUAUAAGAAGCAGAACGUGAAGGGAAAGGAAAAAUCGUUGAAGAGGCGAGGCAGCGAGAAGAAAAACGACUCUGUCAAGCGGUCGAAGACUGAUAAACACGAGAACCAUUACGGCCAGCUAGGCUACAAAAGCGACAGCAAACCAGAUUUGAACGACGUGAUAAAGAACGACAAAGCAUACGACAAUAACUCCAACUUUGGACGCAGAUCGAAGCUUUCGAGACAAAAUUCGAGCUCUACCAUUGACACUCACAUCAAGGUUAGAGAGUGGAUUCAGCAAGAAAUUGUGCAUAGAUGUUCGCCGAGAUUCUUGCGUAAGACGCGGGAAACAUUGCAGAAAGAACAUCAAGAGAAAUUAAAUAAACAGCAGCAAGAAGAGAAACAACGUAUAGAGGAAGAGGCGUUAAAAGAAAGAAAGGACGAGCCGAUUUACGAUGAAAGUCCGGCAUUGGUUGUACGUCCUGGAAAAAAAUCAAAAUUGCCAAAAAUUUCCGUGGCUAUCGAUGCUACGCCAGCGACCAGGACAGAGUCCAUUCUGAAUCAAAUACCAAUUGAAUUAACAAAGAGUAUCGAAAAAGCCAACGAAUUCGAACCGAACUCACAGCAACUGAUGACUCCUGAAGUAAUUGUCAUAGAACAUCAUCAUUCUAGAAGCGAUCCUUUGCCAAUGGAGAACGUCUUGAAAACGACGAAGACAAAUUUCUCGACUCCCAGGAUCUGUGAGUCAGAUUCAGGAAGUGCGAGUAGUCUAUACGCCAAGAUUAACCCUAAACUGAAAUCUCGUCUGCCUCGUCCAGGUAUGGGAAUCAACACGGAAGUAUCCGAACAAUCAAAGUACGAAAGUCCUCACGAGGAAGAGAUCUACUUGAAGACCGGGCCGAUCCUAACGACCUUUGGUACGAGUGAUGUAAAUGUUACAUGCCGGGAACCAACUGCAGAGAGAGAAUGUAUCAGCCCCGAGGAGGCUUUGAAGACAAUCAAACGUCGAAAUUAUCCCAAGGUGCUGCCAGAUAUCGAGAAAAGGCGAUCACUUCCAGUGCCGAAUAGCCUCUUCGUACCGAAACAUCACGCGAAUUCAUUAAAAGACUACAAAAGUGGAAAUGUGAAUUUUUUUUCGAGCCAACCACCAUUACCACCUCCGAGAAUAUUUGGAACUUCCAAGAGUCUGGAGAAAAGCGAUUUCUUCGUUGAGGAAAAUGAAAGUCAGGUGGAAAGCGAGCCGAUCACGACAAAUCUACAUGUGGGUCCGCUAAAAAGGCCAGAUUCCGGGAAAAAUAACUCCGAUCCUAACAUAAUCGAUUCCUUGGAAGGAAAUAGAAGUGUCCAGGCAGGCGGAAGUAUGGAUACUAUUUAUACUAAUCCAAGAUGUCCGCUCCAUGGGAAUCAAUAUCCUUUCUCGCCGACAUCGCAGAGUGUCGAUGAUGAUAUUGGCAAGUCUUCCGGAUUCCUGGAUGCGGGUAAUCCAAAUUGGUAUAAACCGGCAGCGAGCGAGUCGUCAGCCAUAAUGACGUCAACCACAUCGGAGCCACAAAUCGUGAUCAGCAGAGACCAGAGAGGUGUGACGAUACCAAUGGCGGAACCGAAAAUCGUGAUCACGCCAAGAGUGGUUAAUCCAUGCCAAGCCAAUCAACAGUCGAGCGCAACAGUGCACUUUGAGGACAAGGUUGAGCACGAUUUAAAGACGAUUGAUCCAAUGAGAAAUGAAGAAUCAUCGGAGGGUUUGAAUAUUUUCGGCAGUUCAAUGAUACCAAGAGAGACGGAAAGAAGGGAGCCACGAAUAAUCAUCACGGCACGGGAGCCGAAAAAUUGUGUCCCGGCGAACAGUCUAAAACAGCCGAAGAUUAUCAUAAAGCCAACGGCGACUUUGCCGAGGAGCAGGGAUCAGAGGAAUAUACCGAAGGUGUCAGCCAUACCGUCGCCGGAACAGCAGAAUUGUCAGAACAGCGAGCGAGACCGGGCGCUGGAGCAAAGGGAGAAGCCAUCCCUGAGGGAGAAACCCAGGGUUACGAGGAUUCCAUCGUUUUCACGCAGGAGAGAGGAGACUGGGAUUGAAAAGCCGUCGUACAUAGAGAAGACAGAAAUCGUGCCGAGAGUGGAGGCGGCAACCAGUAAAAUCACAAAUGCGCCAUCGACAUCCGAUGCCAAGUCGGGCAUACCAACGCUAACAAUGAUGAUGCCGAAGAGUGAGAAGACCUCCAGCACGGACUCCUCGUCCGCCAGUAACGGGAAUUCCAGUAACUCGAAUACCGGUACGAUCAAACGCAAGCCGACGAACAAGAAAUAAUUGGUGAGAACCAAUUCGAGUGCCACGUGUUAUAUCCCGUCCUAUUUCGCGAACGUAGAUGGAAUGCAGAUGGGUCUCUGCCAUUUCAACCAAGUGUCGAUGCAGUUCUGAUAGCGUCCAAUCUCUUUCACGAAACAUUCACAAGUGUAUGAGUAUUCGUAAUAGCAAUGAAAUCAACAAAACAUCAUUUUCUCGUUUAAGUUUCGUACUCGUCAUACGUUUAAGUUUAUUUUUAAAAAAUUGUUUUUUGCUUUUCUUAUUUAUAUGAUGUAAAAGUACAUCAAAUAUGACGAUAAGCUUUUCUCUUUAGAAUUAAUAUUAUUUAUUAUUAGUCUAGAUAUAUAUAUUACAAUAAUGUGCAUUUUAGCGAUACUAGCACGUUUUAUAUGUGUUUAAUUUUUUCUAUUAUUAUUAACUAAAUCAUACUAUUUUUCUAUGAUUGAUUAGAAUUAUGAGUACAGACACACACAUAAUGCACUGUAUAUCAUGUAAAUAAUAAUACUACGACUAAGACAUUUUAAAUAGCGCAAUAAUAUUUUUAUGAUUUAAAUCAAUGAAAUGAGCUACAUUACAUGUUAUGUAUAAGUUGUUGAGAUCGCUCUUGCGAGCGUUGUCGAUCGUAUCCAAUUUUAAAUCGGUUUAAUGUGAUCGGCUAGACGUGAGUUAGAUAUUAAUAAUUUUCAAGGCAUUCGCUCUUUUAUAUACCUGUAACUUUAUACGAUGAAAAUAAAUGUUUUUCGUACUUUUUCAAGAGAAAAC